AUUAAGUAAGAAAAAGGGGAGGACAUACUCCAUUUUCAUUAUAGCGGAUCCCGACGCGCAGGGAUGCUGUAUACAAAAAUACGGACAAACAAAACGGAUAGAAUUAUAUAACGCAUGAAGGAAUUUGUAUUUUUGGCUUUGGCACUGCUAAAUACAGUGACCAAUGGCCAGAAUCUUAAUUGUAACUUUGAUAAUGACAACACUUGCGCAUGGACCAAUGUACAAGGCAAAGAUAAUGCGGACUGGCAAAUGAGACAAGGACCAACUCCAUCCCAAUGGACUGGACCACCAAACGACCAUACAACCAACAGUUCAACUGGUUACUACAUUUACUAUGAGGCAAACAAUGGUAAAUUGAAUGAUAAGGCACAGUUACAGAGUCCUAGGAUAUCAGUAACUUCAGGACAAAAAUGUCUUAGCUUCUGGUAUUACAUGUAUGGCCCCAGUGUAAAUGCCCUAAAUGUUUACCUCAAGUCAGGGAAUACUUUGGGCACUGCUGUAUACCACAGAGAACGGACACAGGGUCAAAAGUGGAACCAGGCUACUGUCACAAUUUCCAAUAAGAGAAAUAUACAGGUUAUCAUUGAAGCAGUAAGGGGACGUAACUACCUCUCCGAUAUUGGUGUAGAUGAUAUUCUGUAUACAAAUGGAGCAUGUGGACAGCCAGGAAAUGUGACCCCAGCUCCAGGUCUUACAGGAACGAUUACCUGUAAUUUUGAGACCUCAUCACUCUGUGGUUAUAAACAGUCCAGAGGUGAUGACCAGUUUGACUGGAAGUGGGCCUCAGGAGCAUCUCCCACCAAAGGAACUGGACCACCUAAUGACCACACACAGCAGUCUGCAGCAGGACAUUACAUGUUAAUGGAAGCAAAUGGACGUAGAAAUAACCAGAAAUGUAGACUGCUGUCUCCACAGACAGUUAGUAAACAACCUUUAUGUCUGCAGUUUUACUACUACAUGUAUGGUAGAAACGUAAAUAAGCUCAGUGUGUAUAUAAAAACUGGAAACAGAGUUGGUGGAGCAUUAUGGUCUAGACGCGGUAAUCAAGGUGCCUUAUGGCAAGUAGGACAGGUCACUUUAAGUCAAGGAAACAGAAAUUUCCAGGUUGUGUUUGAAGCUAUGAGAGGUAAUGGUAAUUUAGGAGAUAUUGCUAUUGAUGAUGUUGUCACUCACACUGGUAGAUGUCCUGCUCCAGGAACAUGUAACUUUGAAAAAGGUCUGUGUACAUGGACUAACUCAAAGGGAGAUGACUUUGAUUGGAUACAAAGAUCUGGAAGUACAAACACCCAGGGGACUGGUCCAACAGCUGACCAUACUCUAGCAACAGCUCAGGGGCAUUACAUAUAUAUUGAGGCAAGCUCACCACGACGACCUAAUGACAAAGCUCAGCUGAUCAGUCAGACGUUAAGAGGAUCAACUCGGCCAACAUGUUUUCAGUUCUGGUACAGUAUGGUUGGGGCAACAAUUGGUUCCCUAAAUAUCUACAUGCAAACAGUUAGCAGUCAGACUACAGUAAAUACAUUGAUGUGGUCUCUAUCAGGGAACCAGCAACAACCAUGGAUACAGGGAAAAUUCAGUAUCACUAGCAGGACAAGUUACCAGCUUAUAAUUGAAGGUGUUAGAGGAACUAGCAUUACAGGAGAUAUUGCUUUGGAUGACUUGAAAACACAAAUCAACAGUAAAUGUGCAAUUCAACCAACGAAAGCACAACCUACAUCUACAACAGCUAGUCCUUCAACAACUCCUGCCACAUCUGCUAAACCUACAACACCACAUGUGAAGUCUAAUACAGUAACAUGUAACUUUGAUUAUGAUACAUGUGGAUGGACACAGCUUAAGUCAGAUCAAUUUGAUUGGACAAGACAGAAGGGAGGAACUAUUCUACCAGGAACAGGACCAUCUGGAGAUCAUACAUCAGGGACUGGCUACUACAUGUAUACAUCAGCCUCUGUAAGGUAUGCCAAUCAAACAGGACGGAUUCAGAGUCCUCAGAUCCGACCUGGUGGCAAGUCACAGUGUCUCACGUUCUGGUAUCAUAUGUACGGACCUAACAUUGGUGUAAUGAACUUAUAUGUGAAGAAAAGGCCAAAUCUUGGGGCACCUUUAUGGACAAGAUCAGGAUCCAAGGGUAAUAAAUGGCUACAGGCAGUUGUCACUUUACCUAGCAGUGGGGCUUACAGACUUGUAUUUGAAGCUGUUAAUGGUUAUGGUUUCCGUGGUGACAUGGCUCUUGAUGAUGUCACUUUACAGUCAUGUGCAGGUAUCACUACGCUUAAACCAGGAGCAUCUGUGUCACCAAUUUUUCCGCCUUUAAGGUCUAGAAAAUGUACAUUUGAGCAAGCUAGCAUAUGUGGCUAUACACAAGAUAGGACAGACAAUUUUGAUUGGACUAGAGAUGUUUCUGGUACGAAUACUGGUAGCACUGGACCAAGUCGUGACCAUACAUACAAUACUCCCCAAGGACACUACAUGUUUAUUGAGACUUCAGCACCUCGUAAGCAAGGAGAUAAAGCAAGACUUAUAUCCCCAGCAUACCAAGAUAAUACUGAUGUAUGUGUCCAGUUUUGGUACCAUAUGUAUGGCACUGGAAUAGGAACAUUCAAUGUUUAUGCUCAGGUUGGAUCAAAUCUUGGACUCCCUGUUUUUACAAUGACUGGUAACCAAGGUAACAAAUGGAUUGUUGGACGUGCAUCCAUUCCACAGAGCACUGCUUCCCAGGGAUACAAAGUAGUAUUUGAGGGUAUUAGAGGAAUAAAUUACCGUGGUGAUAUUGCCAUUGAUGAUAUCACCUUCACAGCAGGCUCCUGUGGCAACCCAGGAGAUUGUGACUUUGACACUGAUCUUUGUACAUGGCAAAAUGUGCAAGGUACCGGGGACAGUUUUGACUGGACCCAACAGUCUGGUUCUACUGCCAGUGGAACAACAGGACCCACUAAUGAUCAUACACAGGGAAACAAUAAAGGAAAGUACAUGUUUAUUGAGACAUCAACACCAAGGCGACCUGGAGAUGUAGCCUGGCUGGUCAGUCAAGUAUUUCAACCAACUGGAACUGGUCAGUGUGUGUCAUUCUGGUAUAACAUGUAUGGUCAGACGAUUGACACCCUCAAUAUAUAUGUUUUACCAUCUGGUUCAGCAAACAACCAAACAAUAUGGUCAUUGAAGGGUAACCAAGGUACACAGUGGUUUCAAGGGCAAGCUCCUAUCCCAAGAUUAGGAAAGUCUUUCAAGAUAGUGUUUGAAGGAGUUAGAGGGAAAACUUACAAGGGGGAUAUUGCUAUUGAUGACAUAUCAUUCACAAGUUCAACAUGUGGAGUGCGACCUUCAACCGCUGUUCCUGCUCCCCAGACAUCUGUUGCAUCAACAGUAUCUAUGGCAACAGCACCACCUGGACAGGCCAAUUGUAACUUUAAUUCUGGUCUUUGUGGCUGGACGCAGGAUAAAACAGAUGAUUUUGAUUGGACACGUCAGAGGGGAAAAACAAAUUCUGCUAAUACUGGACCAUCUGCAGAUCACUCUGGAAGUGGAUACUACGUGUAUAUAGAGACAAGUGGUGUGGCAUUAGGAAAGAAAGCUCGCCUCAUCAGUCCACAGAUACCACCAAAUCAACAAGGCCAGAAAUGUUUCACAUUCUGGUAUCACAUGUAUGGUCAGAAUGUUGACCGGCUCAAUGUGUAUAUCCAGUUUGGGCUCUCACUACCUUCCUCUGCUACCUUGACAAAACAAGGCACACAGGGGAACCAGUGGAAGAAAGCUAGCCUAUCAUUCUCUGCUUCAAAACCAUUCAAUAUUGUCCUAGAAGGUAGACGAGGCAAUGGUUACCGUGGUGAUAUAGCUGUUGAUGAUGUGUCAGUGGGAGAUGGACCAUGUUCAGGUGAUCCUAACAUGAGACAGUGUGAUUUUGAGAAUUCGACAAUCUGUGGAUUUACUCAGGCACAUGGAGGAGCAGACAAGUUUGAUUGGACUAGAGAUAAUAGAGGAACAUCGUCAACUCGAACUGGUCCUACUGUUGAUCAUACACUGGGAACACAAAAUGGACAUUACAUGUAUAUAGAGGCAUCAGCACCUAGAAGGCGAGGUGAUAAUGCCCGUCUCCUGAGUCCCAUAUAUAACAAAUCAACCCAACCAUCAUGUCUUAAGUUCUGGUAUAAUAUGUAUGGAAGUAGUAUGGGAACACUGAAUGUGUAUACAGUGUUAGGAGGUGUUUAUAGGAAGGUGUGGUCCAGAAGUGGCAAUCAGGGUAAACAGUGGAAUGUGGCAUCUGUAACAGUACCGGCCAGUAGUAGAACAUGGCAGAUUGUGUUUGAAGGUAUUGUAGGAACCGGUAUCCAAGGUGAUGCUGCCAUUGAUGACUACAGUAUCACAGCUGGACCUUGCUCACCAAUUAAUGGCACAAAGUUAUGUAACUUUGAUAUGAAGAACCUGUGUACAUGGACAAAUGACCAUGGUCAUGAUAAAUUUGAUUGGCAGUUAAGACAAGGGUCAACACCUAGUGGACAAACUGGACCUACUAAUGAUCAUACACUUGGGAAUGCUCAAGGUUCCUACAUCUUUCUUGAGGCCUCCAAUCCAAGGAUACAAGGAGACAGGGCGUGGCUUGUCAGUGAGAGUUUCUCCACAUCGUCUCUUAACUGUUUAUCAUUCUGGUACAGUAUGAAUGGUAAUGGAAUUGGUGCACUAAGAGUGUGGGUGUGGGCACAGAAUGGAGCUCAAACACCAAUCUGGGAGCUGAAAGGAAGACAAGGUACUUCCUGGUUACAGGGAAGAGUGAAAAUACCAGCACAAACAAUGCAAUACAAGAUAAUAAUGGAGGGUACAAGAGGCACUAGCUUUGCUGGAGAUAUUGCACUGGAUGAUAUCAGUUUUAGCGCCACAUCAUCAUGCACAAGAACACCUCAAAAUUCCCAGCCAUCAGUUCCUGCAGUCACCCCUACAGGAGCCUCAACCACAGGUACAAGAGGUACAACACCUAAACCUACCAGUGCCACAACAAGGAGGUCUACUGCUAAACCAACAGGUGGAAAUAGCUAUGUAUGUGACUUCUCGUAUGACACUUGUGGUUGGACACAGGAUAAAACAGACCAAUUUGAUUGGUCAAGACACAAGGGUCGUACUUCCUCAGCUGGAACAGGACCAUCUGGUGACCACACAACGGGAUCUGGAUACUAUGUAUAUAUUGAGACAUCUGCACCAAGGAAGCUUGGAGACAAGGCUCGAUUGAUUGGUCCCUCCCUACAGCUGCAAGCAGGGCAGUCCAAAUGUUUCUCAUUCUGGUAUAAUAUGCUGGGUAGUAAUGUAAAAGCGCUUAACAUUUAUGCAAAACAUGGCACAAGUCUUGGUUCCCCUGUGUGGACAAAGGCUGGUACCCAGGGACCAAACUGGAAAUUAGGUCAAGUCUCUGUUACAGGACCAGGACCUAUCCAGAUUGUAAUUGAGGGUGUACGAGGUAGCAGUAUCCGUGGUGAUAUAUCCAUUGAUGAUACAAACGUAACAGCUGGAAUAUGCCCUGGUGCACCAACUCCUACAGGUCCUCCUAUAGUGCAAGCUUUGCCAUGUAACUUUGAGAACAGCAAUAACUGCGGCUAUACUAAUUCACAGGGAGAUGAUUUUGAUUGGACAAGAAAUUCUGGUACCACAGGUUCUGCAGGCACUGGACCAUUUGCAGAUCAUACAUUGGGAACCAAAUCUGGUCACUACUUUUACAUUGAAACAUCAAGACCAAGGACUCAAGGGCAAAAAGCUCGGCUGGUAUCAAAAUCAGUGUCUUUAACUAGUUCAGUGUGUGUAUCAUUUUAUUACCAUAUGUAUGGUAAUAAUAUAGGAGCCCUCAAUGUGUAUGUGACCAGCUCUGGUUCAUCUAAUAGUGUACCAGUCUGGUCUAGGAAAGGAAACCAGCAAAACAGAUGGUCUGUGGCACAAUUCACAAUGAAUCCUGGACAAAAUCAACAGUUAAUGUUUGAAGGAGUAGUUGGUAAUGGUUACCAAGGUGAUAUAGCUAUUGAUGAUGUAUCAGUGAAAGCAGGUCCAUGCAGUGGACAAGGUGCAUGCAGCUUUGAUCAAGGCAGCCUUUGUACUUGGUCAAAUGUUAAAGUGGUAGACACUUUUGAUUGGACGUUUCAAAAACAAGGAACACCAUCAGCUGGGACAGGACCAACUUCUGAUCAUACACAGGGUAAUGGAAAAGGAACCUAUAUAUUUAUUGAAACAAGUAGUCCGAGACGUAGAGGUGACAAAGCUUGGCUACAGAGUGCCAUUUUUAGAUCAACUGGUUCUUCUGUACAAUGCUUUCACUUCUGGUACACAAUGAAUGGAAAAUCUGUCGGUACACUGAAUGUUUACCUGUCUAAUAAUGGUACAAGGACUAAAGUUUGGUCACUUUCUGGAAAUCAGGGUAUACCUUGGAAAUCUGCACAGUUGCCCAUUCAGAGUAAAACACAAUAUUCGAUUAUCAUGGAGGGCUUGGUAGGUACUGGUUACCAAGGUGAUAUAGCUCUAGAUGAUUUGUCAUUCACCAGUGGCCGAUGUUCACUCACACCAGCACCUGCAUCUCCACCUGGUGUAUCCACAUUAGCACCCACCACUUCAGCUUCUACGCCAGUCAUAACAGCUACUUCCUUGCCCAGCUCCUUUAACUGUAACUUUGAGAGUAACACAUGUGCAUGGACCCAAUAUGGCUACUACAUGUACAUAGAGGCAUCUAAUUUAAGACCAAAUGCCAAAGCUCGCUUAAUAAGCCCAAGGGUUCAACCUCAACAAGGACCAAGAUGUCUGAAAUUUUAUUAUCAUAUGUAUGGAGCUCACAUCAACACUUUGAAUGUGUACGUGAAGUCUGCAUCAAACCUUGGUAGUGCUGUAUGGACACGUAGAGGUACACAGGGCAACUUAUGGAUUCAGGGAUCUAUUGUCAUAAAUACAACUACUGGCUAUAACGUUGUGUUCGAAGCUCUGAGAGGUGUGAAUUAUGCUGGAGAUAUAGCAAUUGAUGACAUUACAUUGGCUAAUGGUGUUUGUUUAGCCCCCACACAGGGGCCUAAUAGCACUGUAUUGAGCACCUGUGACUUUGAGAGUAAUUUAUGUGGCUAUACAAAUGAUAGAGCUGGAGAUAAUUUUGAUUGGACCAGACAGACUGGCGGCACUGCCUCCCGUAAUACAGGUCCAAGCUCUGACCAUUCUCUUGGAACUAGAGCAGGUCACUAUAUGUAUAUUGAAACCUCUGCACCGAGACGCACAAAUGACAAAGCAAGAUUGUCUUCAAAAACAUUUACAAAAAGCACAAAUGAUGAAUGCCUCAAGUUCUAUUAUCACAUGUAUGGAACAAAUAUUGGAACAUUGAAUGUCAAGUUGAGGGUAAAUAACAACCUUGGUUCAGCUGUGUGGGCAAAGUCUCGUAAUCAGGGUAAUAAAUGGAACCUGGCUGUGGUGACGUUACAAGGAAACAAACUCACACAAAACUUUCAGGUUGUAUUUGAAGGAAUCAGAGGUACUGGUAUCUAUGGAGAUAUUGCCAUUGAUGAUGUUACCUUGACAACAGGAGCUUGUUCAUCAGUAUCAGGUGGAUGUAACUUUGAGAAAGGACGCUGCACGUGGACAGAUGUACAGACUGGAGAUAAUUUUGACUGGAAGACUGGUUCAGGUAGAACAACCUCUUCUGGUACUGGGCCUUCCUCUGAUCAUACACUUGGAAAUGGUCAAGGACAUUACCAAUAUUUGGAGUCAUCAGCACCAAGAAGAACUGGUGAUCAGUGUUGGUUAGUAAGUGAACAAUUUCCACCAACAAAUGGUGCCUGUAUCAAGUUCUGGUACAAUAUGAAUGGACGUAAUAUUGGUACACUCAAUAUCACUAUACAGUAUGGUAACAAUAAAAACCAGACUGUAUGGUCAGUGUCCGGUGAUCAUGGUGACAAAUGGUUAAGUGGUCAAGCACCAAUCAAAUCCUCCACACCAUACCAUGUAGCCAUUGUUGGUGUAAGAGGAAGUGGUUACCAAGGAGACAUAGCAUUUGAUGAUGUCUCUUUCUCUAAAACAAUAUGUGGAGUACAACCAAGUGAAGCAUUAGUAAAUGGUAGUACAGCACCACCAUCUGUAGCUACAACACCAGCAACCACACCAGCAACUGGUGCAGUGGAUUGCAACUUUGAUACAGGAUUAUGUGCAUGGAUACAGGAUAAAUCAGACAAUUUUGACUGGACAAGAAACAAGGGCAACACAGGGAGCUCCCUAACUGGACCUCAAGCUGAUCAUACCUCCGGCAGUGGUUACUAUAUUUAUAUUGAGACAUCAUCACCAAGGAAACAAGGAGAUAAAGCACGAAUCAUAAGUCCGCAGCAAGCACCAGGUGCAACUUGUUUGACAUUCUGGUACAACAUGUAUGGACAACAUGUGAACGCUCUCAAUGUCUAUGUAAAGACAAAGCCAAACCUUGGUUCCCCAACAUUUACCAAGUCUAGAACACAAGGUACCAAAUGGAUACAGGCACAGGUCGACCUUAAUCCUACUGUAAACUACCAGAUUGUUAUAGAAGGUGUGGUUGGAGGAGGUUACCGUGGUGAUAUUGCUAUUGAUGACAUCACAAUGACUCAAGGGCAGUGUACUCAAGUACAAAACAACACAUUAGCCUGUGAUUUUGAAAGCACAUCUUUAUGUGGCUACUCUCAAAGUACUAGUGACAGAUUUGAUUGGUCAAGAGGUACUGGUACCACUUCAUCAAGUAGCACAGGGCCCAGCAAUGAUCAUACAUAUGGAUCUGGAAGAGGUCACUACAUGUACAUUGAGACUUCGGCACCAAGACGACCAGGAGAUAAUGCAAGAUUGAGUUCUGGUGUCUACACACCUACCACAGCUCCACAGUGUCUGGAGUUCUGGUACAACAUGUAUGGAGUGGACACUGGAACACUCAAUGUAUACUUCAAAUCUGCCAAUAACUUAGGAUCACCUGUCUACAGUAAACAGGGUAACCAAGGUAACAGAUGGAUUAGAGCCCAGGUUGGUCUACCAACAAAUGGACAGCAAAUUUCCCUUGUAUUUGAGGGUAUAAGAGGAGCAUCUUAUCAUGGUGACAUUGCUAUAGAUGAUGUUAGUGUGAAACAAGGCUCCUGCGGACAAGCACCAGGCAACUGUAACUUUGAGGUAGACAAAUGUUCAUGGAGUAAUUCACAGAAUGACACGUUUGAUUGGCAGAGAGCAAGUGGUAGUACAACAUCAUCAGGAACAGGUCCACCAUCAGAUCAUACCUUCUCCAAUUCUACAGGACACUAUGUAUUUAUUGAAUCUUCAUCUCCAAGGCGACCAGGUGAUAAUGCUAUCUUACAAAGUGCUACACUCACAGCCAGCACUAACUGUAUACAGUUUUACUACAAUAUGUAUGGUUCAAAUAUUGGUACCCUUAAUGUGUGGGCAGCAGGUCAAAUAGUAUGGACCCUCUCUGGGAACCAGGGCACUUUAUGGAAGCAAGGUCAAGUCAAUGUUGGACAGAAUUCAGCUUAUCAGGUAAUGUUUGAAGCUGUUAGAGGAAAUGGCUACCGUGGAGACAUUGCUUUAGAUGACAUCACAUUUGUCACUCAGUCCUGUACCCUGACUCCUGCUAAUGCCAGUCCAUCACUUGCAGCAACACCAGCACCAGGAAGUACCAUGGCUCCUAUCGUUAUUCCUAAUGGUUUCACAUGCAACUUUGACUCGAACAUUUGUAGUUGGACACAAGAUAAAACUGAUAAUUUUGACUGGACUAGACAGAGACAGGGAACUGCAUCAGGAAACACUGGGCCUAGUAGAGAUCACACAAGUGGAAGUGGAUAUUACAUGUAUAUUGAGACAUCAAGUCCAAGAAGACCUGGUGAUAUGGCUAGACUUAUCAGUCCUCAGAUCAAUGGUGCAUCACAGAUGUGCUUGAAAUUCUGGUACCACAUGUAUGGUACCCAUAUCAAGAGUCUUAACAUCUACCUGUCUCAGAAUAAGACAUUAGGAACUGCGGUAUGGACAAGAAGUGGUAACCAAGGUAACAAAUGGAUACAAGGAAGUUUCCAGAUUGCAGGAGGCAGUGCCACUUCACAAGCUACUAAUGUUGUGAUAGAAGGUGUACGAGGUACCAGUUACCUUGGUGAUAUAGCAAUUGAUGAUGUGUCUCUUACAAGUGGCCAGUGCACAGGAUCAAUAACUUCUCCUGCAAAUUGUAAAUUUGAGUCAGCCACCCUGUGUAACUACAUACAAGAUAAGACAGAUAGAUUUGACUGGUCAUGGCAGGCAGGUAGCACCAGAUCUACAAAUACUGGACCGGCUAGUGAUCAUACAUAUGGAACAGGAACAGGCCAUUAUGUAUACACGGAAGCAUCAGCACCAAGAAGAAGAGGUGAUAUAGCCAGACUGUGGACACCAGCUCUUACAUUAACCAACGGUGGAUGUAUAUCUUUCUGGUAUCAUAUGUAUGGAAGAAAUAUGGGUACCCUUAAUGUAUAUGCAGUUCGUAACACCACUAACCCAACACUUGGAAAUCCUUUAUGGUCACGAAAUGGAACAGCUGGUAACAUCUGGUUACAACAGUUUGUCAGACUGCCAUCAAUGUCCAAUUUCAAUGUUGUAUUUGAGGGUGUUCUAGGAAAUGGACCAUACUCUGACAUGGCUAUAGAUGAUGUUAAAAUGCUCUCCUCUUGUCCACCCCCAGGAGAUUGUAACUUUGAAAUGGGACUCUGUAGCUGGAGAAAUUCAAAGACUGAUAACUUUGACUGGGUGAUCAUGAAUGCCAACUCUACAACUUCCAGUCUGCGCCCAUCAGGGGAUCAUACAUUUGGUGCUAGACAAGGACGCUACUUAUAUAUCGGAGAUGGUAGUAUUACUACCCCUGGUUCCCAUGCUGACUUGCUGGGUCCAUCAAUGCCAGCAACCAGCUCAAGUGGUGCAUGUGUUAGAUUCUGGUUUAUUUUCUAUGGAACAACAAGUAUUGGAAGUUUGUCAGCUUGGGUUAUGCAGGGAUCUCAACAAUCAAACGCUUGGAAAUUAUAUAACCAACCUUCAAAAGCAAAAGGACAAUGGACACAGGGUCAGUUCCCGGUUUUAAACCGAAACAAUUACCAGAUUAUGUUCCAGUUCACGAGGACAGCUUCUUCUCGAGGAUAUGUUACCAUUGACGACAUAACAAUUACCACAGGAAAAUGUCAAACAAGCCCAGUAGAUGCUAUGACAGGUACCCAGACAACCGCUUUUCCCACAAGUUCAACUUUAGUGACUGCUACACCAGCCCCAUCUAAAUAUGACUGUAAUUUUGAGAAUGGUCUUUGUACAUGGACACAGGCCCAGGACGAUCAGUUUGAUUGGACUCUACAGACAGGCAGAACCGGGUCUGCCAAUACUGGUCCUUCCUUUGAUCAUACUAUGGGUCAAAAUGGCCGUGGACACUAUAUCUUUAUUGAGGCAUCAAGUCCAAGGAGAAUGAAUGACACAGCUCGCAUUUUAUCUGCACCAGUGACAGACACCACAACAAAAUGCUUACAUUUCUGGUAUCAUAUGUACGGUACUCAUGUUAACACCCUUAAUGUUUACUUGAAGUCAGGCAGUUCUCUAGGUUCACCAGUAUGGAGUCAUACAGGCACAUUGUCCAACAAGUGGUACAAUGCUAACAUUAAUAUACAGGGAACCAGACAGUACAAUAUAGUGUUUGAAGGUGUGAGAGGUACCAGUUAUAGAGGAGAUAUUGGUCUAGAUGAUAUCUCUGUUACCACUGGAUCUUGUUCUGUUCUUGUGGAUAAAGUUAUAGAUAUCACCAAAUAUUUUAAACAGUAUAUACAUUGCCAUUUCCAAGUUUUUCAUAAUAAUUGUAUGAUUUUGUGUCACCAGUUAACAUUUGAGGGAAUACGUGGCACAGGAGUCAGAAGUGACAUUGCUAUUGAUGAUGUGACAAUUACUAAUGGUGCCUGUAUUGGGGAUGAUGGAUCAUGUAAUUUUGAGAAGGAUACUUGCUCCUGGAGAAAUACACGAACAGGGGACGAUUUUGAUUGGCUUCGAAAACAAGGGCACACUGGCAGCAGUGGAACAGGCCCUCAAAAUGAUCACACAAUUGGGACUUUCCUUGGAAAUUGUGAUUUUGAGGGGGGGCUGUGUACAUGGACUAACCCAGGUGGUAUAGAUAAUUUUGACUGGGUACUGGGACGUGGUUCAACAGCUUCACAACUUACAGGACCAUCUACUGAUCAUACUGUUGGAAAUGCAACUGGACAAUAUGUAUUUAUUGAGGCAUCAGCUCCAAGAAAACCUGGAGAUAAAGCUGAUCUUAAAAGUUUAAAGUUUGCCCCUACCCAGCCUAAAUGUGUGAAUUUCUGGUUCAACAUGCAUGGUAGUAACCUCGGAAGCCUUAGUGUGAAAGUGGUACCAGCUAAUAAUACCAACAGUAGUACAACAAUAUGGCAGUUAGGACAAGACAUGGGCACAGCAUGGAUCAAUGGACAAGUUGCCUUCUCAAGCAAAGUGCCAUUCUAUAUUGUAUUUGAAGCUGUGAGAGGCAAUGGUUACCAAGGUGACAUCGCUCUUUGGAAAUUUCAACCACCAACAGCAGCCACAUCAGCAAUGCAAACAACCUACUAUCCAUCAACUGGAUCCACUACCCCACCCACAUUGCCCCCAUCUAGACUGGACUGUACAUUUGAGAGAGAUUUCUGUCAGUGGGCACAAUCUAAAGAUGAUAAAUUUGACUGGACAAGGGCCACUGGUCCUACUUCAUCAGGACAGACAGGACCUUCAGUAGAUCACACACUUGGAACAGCUCAAGGUCAUUAUGCUUUCAUUGAGACAUCAAGUCCAAGACGACUUAAUGAUACUGCUAGACUUAACAGUCCAUCUAUUCCUCCACGUGCCAACGCUCAAUGCCUGAGAUUCUGGUACCACAUGUAUGGACCCGAUGUCAACACACUAAAUGUAUAUGCCAAAUUUGGGAGACAGAUUGGAACUCCAGUCUGGAGCCAUACUGGAACUAUCAACAAUCAGUGGCAUUUCCAAACUGUUGAUAUAACAAGUACACAAGGAGCUUCCUUCCAGAUAGUGUUUGAGGGAGUAAGAGGGACAAGUUACCGUGGUGAUAUAGCCAUUGAUGACAUUUCAUUCUCCACUCAACCAUGUCAACAAGCACCUGGAGCUAAGUGUGACUUUGAGCUUGGUCUAUGUGGUUACACUCAGGUUAAGACUGAUGUAUUUGAUUGGUCAAGAUCUGUCGGGGGCACCUCGUCUUCUGGAACAGGACCUCGCAAUGACCAUACAUAUGGUACCAAUAGAGGUCAUUACAUGUAUAUUGAAGCAAGUUCACCUCGUCGUAGAGGAGACGCAGCACAACUUCUCUCCCCUAGUUACUCUUUAUCUAGAGGAGGCUGUCUAAACUUCUGGUACAAUAUGAAUGGUGCAAGUAUGGGAACACUAAAUGUAAUUCUUAGACAGGGAACAAGACCACAACGAAUCUGGACCAAAACUGGAAACCAGGGAAUUGCCUGGCAACUGGCACAAGUUACAAUUCCACAAAGUUCUAACUAUACAUUAAUGUUUGAGGGCAUUGUAGGCACUGGUUACCAGAGUGAUAUGGCAAUUGAUGAUAUUUCUAUAAUAAGUGGAGGAUGUACAUUACCAGGUAAUUGUAACUUUGACGAUGGCACUAUGUGUACAUGGACCAAUCUAAGAACAGAUGAUUUUGAUUGGCUGAUAGGAAAUGGAGGGACGUCAAGCAAAUAUACAGGACCACAGAAUGAUCACACCCACAAUGAUAACACAGGGAAGUAUAUAUUUAUCGAGGCAAGUGCUCCUCGAGUAAAGGGAGAUACAGCACGUGUUACAACCCAGCAGUUUAAUCCAACAACUGGUAGUUGUAUGAACUUCUGGUACCACAUGUAUGGUUCUGGUAUUGGUCAGCUGUCAGUAUAUCUGGUUACCGGCACAACAAACCAGACAUUGUGGAGGCUUACCGGCGACAGUCAAGUACAAACCUGGCAAAAUGGUCAAAUUGGAAUUAAAAGUAGCAAACCGUACAGGGUUGUAAUAGAAGGUGUUAGAGGAAGCUCCUACCUUAGUGAUUUGGCAAUAGAUGAUAUCUCAUUUACAGGAUCUUCUUGUUCAAUAAGUCCAGUAGCAGCUAAUCCAAAUGGACAAACAACAGUGUCAACAACACCAGGUUCUGUUACCACAGUUACUGUUGGCUCAACACCAACUUUAACAAAAUAUGACUGUAACUUUGAGCAAGGAUUUUGUAUGUGGGCCCAAUCUCCAGAUGAUAACUUUGACUGGACAAGAACACAAGGACCAACAGGUUCCAAAUCUACUGGGCCAACAAAUGACCACACAACUGGAAAACCCAAUGGUUGGUAUAUCUUUAUUGAAACAUCUGCACCACGCAAGCCAAAUGACACCGCCAUACUUCAGAGCCCUGUCAUACGGGAGACUCAAACCCGUUGUCUUAGCUUCUGGUACCAUAUGUACGGUACCCAUGUCAAUACACUUCUAGUCUACCUGAAACCAAGUACUGUACAAGGUCUGGGAACCAAUAUUUGGAAACAAACUGGUAACCAAGGAAACAAGUGGAUACUUGGGGAAGUUACAAUAGCACCAUCUUCACCUAGCUACAAGGUUAUAUUCCAAGCUCUACGAGGAAUCAGUUACCGUGGAGACAUUGCUCUAGAUGAUAUCAGAAUGUCUUUAGGAGCUUGCAAACAAGCAGCUAUGACAUGUGACUUUGAGCAGAGCUCAAUUUGCAACUACGUACAGGACCAAUCUGACACACCCAACUUUGACUGGACUUGGAAAUCUGGUGGUACUGGCUCAGCCAGUACAGGACCACCUUCUGAUCACACUACCGGAACCCGAACUGGACAUUAUAUCUACAUUGAAACAUCAGCACCAAGGCAACCAAAUGACACUGCUAGAAUUUCUACACCAAACUACACACCACAGAGUUCUGCCCCCGUGUGUCUCAAGUUUUGGACACAUAUGUAUGGAGUUGAUGUCAACACACUGAAUGUAUAUCUUGUUAACAGUCAACAGCCCUCUAAGAGAAACCUAAUAUGGACACGUUCUCUAAACCAGGGUAAUGCAUGGAGACAAGCAGCUGUCACUGCUAACCCUAGUGGUCAAUACAAGAUUGUGUUUGAAGGAAUUAGAGGAAAAGGUUACCAUGGUGAUAUAGCAAUAGAUGAUGUCUCUAUCUCAAAUGGGGCUUGUAGUGGACAAGGAGACAAAUGUGACUUUGAGAAAGAUACAUGUUUCUGGAAGAACAUAAACCAAGGGGAUGAUUUUGAUUGGUUAAGAUCUCGUGGCAAAACAGGCAGUUCAUUUACUGGACCAAGUACAGAUCACACACAAGGAACCAACUCUGGAUACUACAUGUUUAUUGAAACAAGUGCCCCUAGGGUUAAAGGUGACAAGGCAAGGCUGAUCAGUAAGGUUUAUCCACCGUCAGGACCAAAGUGUUUCAACUUUUACUUCUACAUGUAUGGUGCUGACAUUGGAUCUCUCAAUGUUUACGUUCUGACCAACGCAUCAUCAUCAGCUUUCUCCUCGGAAGCAUUGAAAUGGACAAUGUCUGGAGAGUACCUGAAUCCAAACAAUUGGGAGCAGGGAUCAUUCAAUCUCACUUCCCAGUAUACAUCAAACCCAUAUGAGAUAAUAUUUGAAGGAAUUAGAGGGAAGGGUUAUAGAGGAGACAUUGCUAUUGAUGAUACAGCAUUAGUUGAUGGUGGAUGUACACAAUUUCCAGAUAACUCUCAACCAAGUCAAUCAUCACUUGGAACAGUCACAUGUAACUUUGACUCAGAUUACUGUCAAUGGAUUCAAAGCACCACUGAUCAGUUUAACUGGUCACGCAUCAAUGGCUCCACCUCCAGCCAAGGUACCGGUCCUCUAGGAGACCAUACUAGUGCUGGUCAAUCAGGGUAUGGGACAGGAUCAUACAUUUAUAUAGAAGCAUCUGGGCGGCGUACACCUGGUGACAAAGCAGAUUUGAUGACUCAAAUCAUACCUAGCACUUCUCCACAGGGAAGAUGCUUUUCCUUCUGGUAUCAUAUGUAUGGCGGAUCUAUAGGGAAAUUAAACAUCUACAGUAUAUCAGGGGGACAGCAGACAUUACUCUGGACAAAAUCUGGUACUCAAGGAAACAAAUGGCAACAAGCAAGUCUUAACUACGUCAGUAAAACUGAUUUUAAGAUGAUGAUAGAAGGAACAACAACAGGUGGUUACCGUGGUGAUAUAGCUGUAGAUGAUGUAUAUCUAGAGUCAGUACCCUGUUCACAGUCCAUUGUUAUCACAAAGACAAAGACCUGCACAUUUGAGUCUGGACUUUGUGGUUGGACACAGGACACAACAGAUAACUUUGAUUGGACACUUAAUGGCAACAAGACAACAAGUUCAGGAACAGGUCCAACCACUGACCACACCUUCCAAACUGGACAAGGACAUUAUUUGUAUAUUGAGGCAUCAGCUCCGAGGAAGACUGGAGACAGGGCACGUAUAGUGACACCCAGCUAUCCAGCCACCAAUGGAGAGUGUGUCCAGUUUUACUAUCACAUGUAUGGUACAGGUAUGGGGAAACUCAUCGUUCAUACUAUGUCUAAUGGUCAGAUAACUGGAGACAUCUUAACUAUCUCUGGUAACCAAGGAAACAAGUGGAUCCUUGGAACAGCAACAGUUCAAAGUUCGAUUUCAUAUCAGCUUGUAUUUGAAGGAAUCAGAGGGACUACAUUCUCUAGUGACAUUGCCAUUGAUGAUUUCAAAGUCACUUCUGGACCAUGUGCAGCCCCAGCAUCAUGUAACUUUGAGAAAGAUCUCUGUGGUUUUACAAAUGCUGUAGGUGAUCAGUUUGACUGGACAAGAGAUAAUGGAGGUACCCCAUCAUCAACAACAGGGCCUCACAAUGAUCACACUACCAAUUCUGCUGCAGGUUACUAUGUAUUUAUUGAGACAAGUGCUCCCAGGAAAGUUGGAGAUAAGGCAUGGUUGAAGAGUGAUCAGUUAACACCCACUACAGGAUCAUGUUUAACUUUCUGGUACAAUAUGUAUGGACAAGGUAUCGGUGAUCUGAAUGUUUAUCUGAUGAGUAGCCUCGGACCACAACAGACAUUGUUUAAUGUCAGUGGUAACAAAGGUGAUGUAUGGAUCAAGGGGCAGGCAACUCUGUCAUUUACACAGAAUUUCUACAUCCUGUUUGAAGGUGUUAGAGGAAAUAACUUUAAUGGUGAUAUUGCCCUAGAUGAUAUCAGUGUAGUUGCAGGUACUUGUGGAUCACAACCCACAGGCUCCACUCCUUCACCUACAUCGUUUACAACUGCAACUCCAGUGACAUCAUGCACAUUUGAGAAUGGUUUAUGUAACUGGGUACAGGAUCAGACAGACAACUUUGAUUGGACAAGGCAGAAAGGACGUACAUCCAGUUCUAAUACUGGACCUAGUUUUGACCAUACAACAAUGAGUUCAAAUGGAUAUUAUAUUUACAUUGAAACAUCGCAGCAUAGAGCUAAUGAUUCUGCACGUAUUAUAAGUCCUAUGCUGUCCACACAGACGGCUACAUGUGUUUUAUUCUGGUAUCAUAUGUAUGGCUCGGACGUCAGUGUUCUCACGAUGUACCUGAAGUCUGGUUCUAACCUUGGUAGUCCAUAUUGGAACAAAGUUGGCACGCAGGGUAACACCUGGCAUUCAGCUCAAGUUGAACUUGGUCCACUUACCAAUAAACAGAUUGUAUUUGAAGCUCUUAAAGGCAAUGGUUACCAAGGUGAUAUAGCACUUGAUGAUAUCACAAUUACAAAUGGAGCAUGCCCACCACCUGCUGUGUGUGAUUUUGAGGACAAGUCUAUCUGUGGCUAUCAACAAUUGGUUAAUGAUGACUUUGACUGGACAUGGAAUUCUGGUGCUACAGGAAGCUCUGGGACCGGACCAAUGUCAGAUCACUCUUAUGGUACCACUGACGGUCACUACAUGUACACUGAAACAUCAUCACCACGGAAACAAGGAGACAAAGCUAGACUUGCUAGUAAAACAUACCCGGCCACUAACAACAUGUGUCUGACAUUCUGGUAUCACAUGUACGGUAGUAACAUUGGAACUCUCAAUGUCUACACCAGCUCAUUUGGUCGUCUUGGUUCAACAGUAUGGUCACAGUAUGGUAACCAAGGCAACCAGUGGCGUAAAGCACAGAAAACUUUACAAACUGCUACACAGUACCAGGUUGUGUUUGAAGGUGUACGAGGUUAUGGUUACCUAGGUGAUAUAGCCAUCGAUGAUAUCGCCAUGACAGCAGGUUCAUGUCCUGGUCUUGGUACAUGUGACUUUGAGACUGGUAUUUGUGGCUGGAUGCAGAAAACUAAUGAUGUUUUUGAUUGGACAAGAAAGAAGGGUAGUACUCCUUCACAAAACACUGGACCAACAGUUGAUCAUACUCUCCAGACUACAACAGGUACCUACCUAUACAUAGAGACAAGCGCUCCUCGUAAGCAGGGAGAUAAUGCAGUAAUACAAUCACAGGAGAUACCUAUAAACCCCCAGUACUGUUUCUCUUUCUGGUACUUCAUGCAUGGAAGCUCUGUGGGGUCCCUCAAUGUAAGCUAUCAGCUACAGAAUACACCAACAACAAAACCGGUGUGGAGUAUGAGUGGUGAUCAGGGAAGCAUCUGGAAACAGGCAACUGUCAAUAUUGGAAACACACCAGAAAGUUUCCAUAUACUAGUAGCAGCUGAUGUAGGGAGCAGUUACCUUGGUGACAUAGCUGUAGAUGACUUCAAACUUGAUCAGACACCUUGUAGUCUAGUGAACCGAACCACGUUGUUUGACUGUAAGGAUAAUAAUCAUACUAAGAUCUCAUCAAACCUUGUUUGUGACUUUAAAAUGGACUGCCCAACAGAUAUAGAUGAACUCAACUGUGGUGAUUGUGAUUUUGAACAAAACACAUGUGGAUGGGUAGACACAAGUUCCGGUACCCAGCAAUGGAUGCAAGGAAGUAAUGGCUCAACAACUGCCAACAUGGGCAAGGGACCAGCAUUUGAUCAUACAUUAGGCAAUGGCAGAGGACAUUAUGUGUAUAUAAGUGGGUCAACUGGAUCAUUUGGCACUGUUGCUGAGGCUGUGGGACCAACUCUACAAGCAUGCAGCUCAACCUGCCAAGUACAGUUCUAUUAUCAUAUGAUGGGAUCAGGAAUUGGUUACUUACAAGUUGGUAUUCGUGAAAGUGGAAAAGACACUAUUAUAAGAUAUCUGAAUAAACCAGCAGGCAACAAAUGGGUCCUUUCUACUGUAGAUAUUGGCAGAAUUUCUAAACCAUUCCAAAUAGUAAUACAAGGUCAUAGAUCGUUCAGCGUACAAGGUGACAUUGCUGUAGAUGAUGUUCAACUUGUCAACUGUAACUUCCCACCUGUGAAGCCAUCAUGUUUGAACUCUCAGUUCCGUUGUCAAAGAGGGUCAUGUGUUGCUAAGACAAGUGUAUGUGACUUUAGUGAUGACUGUGGGGAUAACAGUGAUGAAGCUAGCAGUGUCUGCAAUGCAUAUCCAGCUAGUUGUAACUUUGAGACAAGCCUGUGUGACUGGAGUCAGGAUACAACAGAUGACUUUGACUGGACAAGAACUGCUGGAAGCACAGUCUCUACUGGUACAGGACCUGUGCGUGACCACACUACAGGACUUAAAACUGAUUUUACUCAUUUCCGAAUGUUCUACCACAUGUGGGGUAAGAAUAUAGGUUCAUUGAACGUGUACACAAGAAAUGCUGUUUUAGCACCACUCAAACAAAAAUGGCAGAAGAUAGGUCAAGUUGGUGACUUCUAUGAACGUGUAGACAUCCAAAUGUUUGAAUCCCAACCAUUCCAGGUUGUUAUUGAGGGUGUUAUUGGAAAUGGUUACCAGAGUGAUAUUGCUAUAGAUGAUGUUUCUAUGACAUCAGGAUGCAAAUACGCAACAGCUCCUUUACCAACUGGUACCCCAGGUCCACCAACCUCCCCAAGCCCAUGCCCAUCAAGUUUUGCAUGCAAGAUUGGAGGAUGUAUCCCUAAGAGUCAAGUGUGUGAUUUUGUCUCCCAGUGUGCGGAUGGUUCAGAUGAGAGCAUGUGUGGUACAUGUAACUUUGAGAGAGGUCAAUGUGGAUGGACUGAUGUAAGCUCAGGUCGCUAUAACUUCCAUCUCUUUAAUGGAUCCUCCCCUGGAUCUGGUGGACCAAGGACAGAUCAUACCACUAAUUCAGCAUCAGGUCAUUACAUACUUGUGGAGGGAUCAACUGGUCAGUUCUACUCUAGAGCUCACAUUGAGACACCAGUACUGGGACGUACUGGACCCAGCUGUCAAAUUCAGUUCUUCUAUCACAUGUAUGGAAUUAAUGCAGGAAAUAUGCGAGUCCUGGUACAGAAUGCAAACAGAACAACAGAUAAGACAUAUAUUUGGAGUAUGACAGGUAACCAAGGCAACUCAUGGAAGAAAGCUGUUGUAGAUAUAGGACAACUGCCUGCUGGAUAUAAGGUACAAUUUGAAGCUUUACCUAGCAGGUCAAUUUUGUCUGGUGUUCCCCAGUCAGAUAUGGCAUUCGAUGAUGUCACAUUUAUUAACUGUGGUGCAACAAUUGUUGACAAAAAUACAACUGUCAACUGCACCUUUGAGAAUGGAUUCUGUAAUUUCCGUCAAGUUACCACUGAUGAUUUUGAUUGGACAUGGACCAAUACAAGCACACCAACAGUUGGUACUGGUCCAGAUAGAGACCACACAACAGGAAUGGGAGCUUAUAUCUAUAUGGAAACUUCAUCUCCACGUCAUAUUGGUGAAAGAGCAGUAAUAACCUCUGGUAUUCAAGCAGCCACUCUCCCUGGUGGCCAGUGUUUAUCUUUCUGGUACCACAUGUUUGGUGCCCAUGUCAGUACACUGAAUGUAUAUCUGAAGACCCAAGGAGGGAACAAGACAAUGAUAUGGUCAAGGUCAAGGACACAAGGAAAUGUUUGGAGGCAUGGACUUAGAAAUAUUAAAAGCCUGGUACCAUAUGAGAUUCUGUUUGAAGGAAUUGUAGGAUUUAGUUGGCAAGGAGAUAUUGCACUGGAUGAUAUCUCGUUAAUACAAGAACAAUGUCCACCAUCUCCAAUUUGUGAUUUUGAGGCAGACUUAUGCGACUGGAUACAGGAUACAAAUGACCAGUUUGAUUGGUUACGUCGAAGGAAUGGUACUGAUUCCAAGAAUACAGGACCAUCUGUAGAUCAUACCACAUCCAGUCCAUACGGUUUCUUCCUGUACAUUGAGUCCUCAUCUCCAAGGAGGAUGUAUGAUCUUGCCAGGAUAACAACCCCACAGUUCUCUAAUAGCCAGGGAUCUUCCUGUUUCACCUUCUGGUAUCACAUGUAUGGAACAAAUGUUGGCAACCUCACGGUGUAUUUACAAGAUGGCCCCCAGAAAAAGAUGGUGUUCCAACGAAAAAGUAGUCAAGUGAACCUGUGGUUAUACUCAGCUCUUACUUUGAGACCAAUCAGCUCAAAAUUUCAGCUAAUAUUCGAGGGCACAGUUGGAAAUGGUUACCAGGGUGAUAUUGCUAUUGAUGAUGUUCAGGUACUUCCUGGAGAGUGCCCACCCAUCGGAAAUUGUAACUUUGAAAUUGACACAUGCGGAUGGACUAACACAAAUGCUGACAAUUUUGAUUGGUUAAGAAGUGCAGGCUCCACACUAACAGGUGGUACUGGCCCUUCUGUUGACCACACAACAAAUUCAGAUACAGGAUUCUAUAUGUUUAUAUCUGCUCUUGGAAGAAAUGCUGGACAGAGGGCAUGGUUCUAUAGUCAAUACUUCCUAAAGACAAAAGCAACCUGCAUGUCAUUCUGGUACUUCAUGUAUGGACAAGAUGUUGGAACAUUGAGACUGUAUCAACCAACAAAAAAUAUCACAUCUCUUCUCUGGUCAGUGUCAGGUAACCAAGGCAGUAGUUGGAGAAAUGUUCAGAUUAAUAUAACUAGCAACAUUACCUGGCAGGUAACAUUUGAUGGACAAAUUGGUAAAGGUAUUCAAGGAGAUAUUGCUAUUGAUGACAUUAUUUUCACACCUGGCAUAUGUACUGGAGUGAUACCAACAUUCCCAUCACCUACAUUCAGUACUCUACCAACACCCACAUACCCACCUUCACCAUAUGAUUGUACAUUUGAGAAUCAGCAACAACCAAUAUGUAGUUGGACUCAGGACACCUCUGACCAGUUCAACUGGACACCAAAAGUGGGCAGUACUGGUUCACUCAACACAGGACCAACUUUUGAUCAUACAUUACAAAAUAGAAAUGGUCACUAUAUCUAUAUUGAGGCUUCGCGUCGUAGACCAAAUGAUACAGCAAGAAUCAUCAGUUCAUCUAUCAGUGUAGGUACUGGUGGAAAAUGCUUGAAGUUCUGGUACCAUAUGUAUGGAUCUGAUGUUUAUAUGCUCAAUGUAUAUGCCAGACAAGGAACUGCAUUAGGAGCACCACUUUGGACAAAAACUGGAACUCAAGGAAACAAGUGGAUAUUUACAGAUGUAUAUAUCACUCCACAAACACUGUCCCCACCACAGACAAACACUGUCAAUGUCAAUUUUGUGAUAGAGGGAGUUGUUGGAAAGAGUUAUAAAGGAGAUAUUGCUAUUGAUGAUGUAUCAGUUAAUGAUGGUACAUGCCCACCCACAGAUGACUGUGAUUUUGAAUCGAAAACAAUAUGUGGAUAUACACAGGAUACACAGGACAACUUUGACUGGACAAGAAGUUUUGGUGCCACUGCAAGUGCAGGAACAGGACCUGCUGUAGAUCAUACUUAUGGCACAAAAACAGGUUACUACAUGUAUAUUGAAACAUCUGCACCAAGGCGUCAAGGAGAUAAAGCUAGACUGAUUAGCCCAACAUACCAACCUACAACUGGACGGUGCAUGACUUUCUUCUACCAUAUGCACGGUAAAGGAAUGGGCACAUUGAAUGUAUACAUGAAACAAGAAAGAAGACUAAGUGCUGCAAUGUGGACAGCAUCUGGAGACAAAGGAUUCCAGUGGAAUGCUGCACAAAUUACCCUGUCUAGCAACACACCUUUCCAGGUCGUGUUUGAAGGUAUCAGAGGCACUUCAAUAACAGGGGACAUUGCAAUUGAUGACUUGUUGAUCCAAGACGGCACGUGCAAACAACCAGGAUACUGUGAUUUUGAAACAGACUUUUGCACAUGGUCGAAUAUGAAGAAUGCUGAUGAUUUUGACUUUGUUCGUUUUAAAGGAUCAACAAGUAGUGCAUCUACUGGUCCUUCAUCAGAUCAUACACUUGGGACAUCUCAAGGUUAUUACAUUUACAUUGAGUCAUCAUCUCCACGAAAGAACUCAGACAAAGCAAGGCUAAGGUCACAAUAUUUUGACCCAACGACAUCCAGUUGUUUUAAUUUUUGGUAUAAUAUGUACGGAAGUGACAUUGGUAGUCUUAACAUAUACACACAGCAAAUACUAAACCAAUCUCCAUUGAACAAAAUUUUCACUUUAAGUGGAGAUCAACAACAGGGAUGGAAACAAGGCUAUGCACCAAUAUCCUCUCAAACACAAUUCUCAAUCAUUAUGGAAGCUGUCAUUGGAAAUGGUUAUAAAGGUGACAUUGCUUUAGAUGAUCUCUCUCUCACAUAUGGACCGUGCCCAAGUACGACAGUAACACCGCCUACAUUUAGCUGUGGUGGCACCGGGAGUACACCGAUAGCAGCCAAUAAAGUGUGUGACUUCAAACAGGAUUGUAGUAAUGGAGCAGAUGAAGCUAAUUGUGGAUCGUGUAAUUUCGACUCUUCCAAUUAUAAUCUCUGUGGUAACACAGAUGUCAGUCCAGGUUCCUUCCGCUGGCAGCUAGAUAAUGAUGGAACACCAACAAAUAAUACUGGUCCUCGUUUUGAUCAUACAACAGGAAGUACACGAGGCUACUAUUUGUAUGUGGAUGCCAGUAAUGGAGGGACAAGUGCCCUAGCUACACUCCAGACACCAAUUCUUCAACAGGCAGCAGCAACAUGUCAGUUCACAUUCUGGUAUCACAUGUAUGGCAGCAGUAUAGGGCUUCUAUCUGUAUCAAGCAAAGUAGGAGCUCAGAUAACCAACUUAUGGUCACUGUCUAGAAAUCAAGGAAAUGUGUGGAAGAAGGGUGUGGUUGAUAUUGGACGUAUUAACCAGCCAUUUGAACUUCUUAUUCAAGCAAAGAGAAGUUACUCAGUAAUUGGUGAUAUUGCAGUUGAUGAUUUUAAUUUUACAAAUUGUGCUCCUCCCCAACCUCAGACAUCAUGUUCCUCAACACAAUUUCAUUGUAGUAAUAACGUAUGUAUUGAUAACCCUCGUGUGUGUGACUUUACUGAUGAUUGUGGUGAUGGAAGUGAUGAAAGGGCUUCACUCUGCGCUACUUAUUCUCGAUGUGAAUUUUCAAAUUCCAUCUGUUUCUGGACGCAGGAUAAAGGUGAUAAUUUUGAUUGGACAAGAAAAGCUGGUAAAACUACAACAAUUAAUACAGGUCCUUCCCGUGAUCACACUACUGGACUUGUCACAGGAUAUUAUAUAUACAUUGAAACCUCAUCUCCUAGAAAACAGGGAGAUACAGCUCGAUUAGUUUCUCCUGUCUAUCAAGCAACAAAGUCAUCACCAGGAUGUUAUUUCAACUUUUACUACAAUAUGUAUGGACGAUCAAUUGGAACACUUAAUGUUUAUGUAAGACAGCAAGAUCUGUCAGUUACCAACAUCUGGAGUAAAUCUGGAUCUCAGCCAAAUGUUUGGGUAAGAACGUCACUGCAAUUGAUUUAUAAUAAGCCUUUUGAAAUAAUAGUUGAAGGGGUACGUGGAUCAUCUUUUUACGGAGAUAUAGCAAUUGAUGACACAGUUUUUACAUCUGGAUGUGUAAGGUCAACAGCUCUUUUCCCACCACAAUUUAGUGUUCCAGCUUCUGGUUUAACAACUCAGAGUCCAACUUGUGGUGCGGGUAGUUUUCAGUGUCCAGCAAGUAAGUGUAUUUCAAUGUCAAAAGUUUGUGACUUCAAAAAUGAUUGCUUUGAUGGUUCUGAUGAGAUUAACUGUGGGCCGUGCACAUUUGAAGUAGAUUCAUGUAAUUGGCGUGAUAUAAGUUCCGGAAGAUAUUCUUGGACAAGAGACAUAGCUGCUAACAAUGUAGGUCCAAGCAAUGACAACACUCUUCAUACAGGACUUGGACAUUAUGCAUUUGUUAAAGGAUCAAAUGGCGUAUUUUAUGAUAAGGCUGUAUUUUCUAGUCCACCACUUCCAAAGUCUUCUGCAACAUGUCAAAUGAGCUUCUAUUACAAUAUUAAUGGAGCAAAUACUGGUUCCCUAUCAGUUACAGCAUACAUAAAUGGUUCUGUUACCACAUUAUGGAGUACAACAAGAUCUCAAGGAACAUCAUGGACAAAAGCAGUUGUAUAUAUUGGUCAAAAAUUUGGUAUGGUAGCAAAAGGAUAUCACAUAAGGUUUGAGGCACUUCCUGUUAAGGGUUUUGCUGCAUCAAGUACUGCAGAUGUUGCUAUAGAUGACAUAUUUUUCCAGAAUUGUAAUCCUGGUACACCUCCACCAACAGUUUCAUGUAAUUUUGAUGCAAACCUCUGUUCCUGGACCAAUGCUCUUAGUGAUCAAUUUGAUUGGUUACGGAAUAAUGGUACUACAAAGUCUGUAGGGACAGGGCCACAUAGUGACCAUACCUCAGGACAAGGAUCAUAUGUAUACAUAGAAACUUCCUCUCCAAGACGUAGAGGUGACAAAGCACAGCUUUCAUCACCAGUUCUUUCACCAACUAGUCCCAUUGGAAGUUGUUUGUCUUUUUGGUAUCAUAUGUUUGGACCAUCUAUAGGCUCUUUGAAUUUAUACAUGCAAUCAAAAUACAACAGAACACUUUUCUGGUCAAAAUCAUCUUCUCAGGGUGAUAUGUGGAAGAAAGCACAGAGAACAGUAGUUUCAAGUGUGGACUACACAUUAAAUUUUGUUGGCAUUGUUGGUACUGGAUACCAAGGAGAUAUUGCAAUAGAUGAUAUAUCACUUUCAACCGGACCAUGUCCACCAGAUCCUAGCUGUGACUUCCAAACAAACUUUUGCAGCUGGACACAAUCUAAAGCAGACAAUUUUGAUUGGCUUAGAUCUAGAAAUGGUACAUCAUCAAAGAAUACUGGACCACAUUUUGAUCAUACAUUCGGCUCUGAUUCAGGUUACUAUGCUUAUAUUGAAACAUCUGCUCCAAGAAGAUCAGGGGACAGAGCCUCUUUAGUGAGUCCUGCUUUUACAAGUAUCGCUACACAGUGCUUUACAUUUUGGUAUCAUAUGUAUGGAGCAACAAUUGGAAGAUUAGUCAUUCACCAAAACAAUCAAGGUGCAGUAACAAGCACAAAAGAGAUUUGGCUAAGAAGUGGUGACCAUGGCAAUGUGUGGAGGCGAGGGCGUGUUACAGUUACUUCCAACGGUAGGCCAUAUACAUUAGAGAUUAUAGGGUACAAAGGAAAUGGGUUCACAGGAGACAUUGCUAUUGAUGAUCUGGAAAUGAUUUCAGGAGCUUGUCCUCCGCAGGAUUUUUGUGACUUUGAAAUUGACACAUGUCAGUGGGCAAAUUCUUUAAGCGGGGAUGACUUUGAUUGGCAAAGAGAUAAUGGAGGUACACCUAGUGCAAUUACAGGACCUAAAGUUGAUCAUACAUUUGGAACUUCACAGGGACAUUAUAUGUUUAUUGAAACAUCUGGGCGAAAUAGAAAAGCUGGAGAGAAAGCAUGGCUUGUUAGUGACUAUCAGGAUCCAAGUGCUGCUGCUUGCGUGUCAUUUUGGUAUCAUAUGUAUGGUGCAGGAAUUGGAUCCUUAAAUGUUUAUACCAAGAAAACCACUGUUUCUACUAAAACUUUAAAAUGGUCAAGCAGCGGAAAUCAUGGGAAUGUUUGGAAAUAUGCAUUGGUGAACGUCCCAAGUAACAGCCAGUAUAUUGUCGUGAUUGAAGGAGUUCGUGGUGGAAAUUAUACGGGCGAUAUUGCAAUUGAUGAUGUUCAAUUAUCACAAACAUCAUGCUCUCAAGUAACAGUAGCACCUACAAAAAAUCCUGUUGGUUCUUCUCCUGCUUCGUAUCCUCCAUCUAGCUUAGACUGUAAUUUUGAAAUUGGACUUUGUAACUGGGCACAAGACAAGUCAGACAAUUUUGAUUGGUCAACACACACAGGAUCAACUUUAACCAGGAAUACAGGGCCAACAACAGAUCAUACCCUUCAAAAUACUGCCGGACAUUACAUGUAUAUUGAGGUAUCAGGGCAAGCAGCAAACCAAUCAGCCAGGUUAAUCAGUAAAAGUCAGAAUAUUGGUUCUUCUGGUCUCUGUUUCAAGUUCUGGUACAACAUGUAUGGUGCAAAUGUAAAUACGCUCAAUAUCUAUGCACAAAAGGCUUCACAGAAAACUCUCUUGUGGACUAAAUCAGGAAAUAAGGGAUUAGGCUGGAAAUACGGACAGACAUAUAUAGGUCAACCGGGACAAACACAGAUUGUAAUUGAAGGGUUAGCAGGAUUAAGAUUUGAUGGUGAUAUUGCUAUUGACGAUCUUAGUUCUAAUGCCGGUUAUUGUCCACCAAAAACAACAUGCGAUUUUGAAGACGGCUUUUGUGGUUUUGCUCAAGACACCACAGAUCAGUUUGAUUGGUCGCUUCAUUCUGGCACAACUGGUACAACAGGAACCGGACCUACAACUGACCACACAGAAGGAACUAGUUCUGGACAUUAUAUAUACAUAGAAUCAUCAUCACCCCAGCAUCCAGGAGACAAGGCAAGAAUAGAUAGUCCCGCCUUUAAUCCAACAGGGUCAUCUGGUGCUUGUUUAACUUUCUGGUACAGUAUGAAUGGAAAUCAAAUUGGUACAUUGAAUGUGUAUAAGAAGAUUAGGUCUGUAAGAGGUCAAGCUAUAUGGACAUUAUCUGGAAAUCAAGGAAUUAAAUGGCGUAAAGCUCAAGUUACUGUUUCAAGCUUUGCAGGAUACCAACUCUCAUUUGAAGGUGUAAUUGGACAAGGUUACCAUAGUGACAUUGCUAUUGACGACAUUAAUCUUGCAUCAGGAGCAUGUCCGUCUCCAGGCUCAUGCAACUUUGAGACAGAUCUAUGUGAUUGGGUUAAUGCUAAUGGUGGAGAUAACUUUGACUGGGAAAGAACACAAGGGAGCACUAUGAGUGCUGGCACAGGUCCUAGCACUGAUCAUACAUUAAAAACUGCUUACGGAACAUAUCUGUAUAUAGAAGCAUCUUCACCUAGGAAACAAGGUGAUAAGGCGUGGUUAGUCUCUAGCACAUAUGCUAAUAAUACAAAUAUGUGUGUUUCAUUUUGGUAUAACAUGAAUGGUGUAGGAAUGGGUACUCUGAAUGUAAAUGUUUGGCCAUACAACACUGGCUUAACUCAAACAAAUGUUUGGAAAAAGACAGGAAAUCAAGGUCCAAACUGGAAUCAAGAUCAAGUCCAGGUUAUAGACCCAGGGGCAAACUACAGAAUAGUAUUUGAGGCAAUACGUGGAAGUUCCUAUAACUCUGAUAUAGCUCUUGAUGAUAUUGUAGUAACUCCUGGUUUCUGUGAUGGUCACCAAAUUACAACACCAAAUCCAUGUGCAGUGUCUUGUGGAGGUAAAUGUGUAAGUAGUAAUAAAGUUUGUGACUUCAAUUUGGAUUGUUUUGAUGGAAGUGAUGAAAAAACUUGUGGAUAUAAUUGUAAUUUUGAAAAUGGAACGUGCAAAUGGACAAAUGCUAACAACACACAAUUUCAAUGGAAGACUGGCAGUGGAAAUAAACCAACUGAUGACACAGGACCGUUAAUCGAUCACACAACACUAGGACCAAAUGGGCACUAUAUCUAUGUUGAUGCAGCAAACGGAUCAAGUAUAACAACAGCUAAAUAUGUAAGUCCACAAUUAAAACAAGCCUCUGCAACUUGUGAAAUGCAGUUUUAUUAUCACAUGUACGGAACAAAUAUUGGAACAUUAAAAGUACAAAUUCAACAAGGUUACACAUAUACUCAAGUAUUCUACUUAAAUGGAGACCAGAAGAAUGUUUGGAGGAAAGGAACUGCUUAUAUUGGUCGAGUUAGAGACAAUUUUAAUGUUGUUAUAUCUGCAAAACGAUCAUAUUCCACUCGUGGAGAUAUAUCUAUUGAUGACAUAAAAUUCCAGAGUUGUGGCUACCCAAUUACACAGCCAACAUGUACAUCAAGUCAAUUCAGGUGCAAUACUGGAAUAUGUAUCAGCAAAUCACAAUUGUGUGACAUUUCAGAUGACUGUGGAGAUCGUUCUGAUGAAAAGAACUGUUCAGGACUUCAUUAUCGUAAAUGUACAUUUGAACAGGGUUUUUGCUUCUUUUCACAAGAUCAAACUGAUGAUUUUGACUGGACACGCCAUGCAGGUCAAACAAAUUCUUUAGCAACUGGACCGUCAAGAGACCAUACGCUUAAUCGAGCUAACGGGCACUACCUCUAUAUAGAAACUUCCGCACCAAGAAAGCCAGGUCAAAAGGCAAGACUUGUAAGUCCUUUUAUUUCAGCAAACUCAAGUUCACAGUUUUGCAUAAUGCGAUUUUACUACGAAAUGUAUGGUGCAGAUGUUUCAACAUUAAUGAUAUAUUCAAGGACAGAGGUAAAUGGACAGUUAAAACGUUUAUGGGGAAGGCGUGGGCCUGUUGGGGAUUACUUUGCAAGAAGUGAAGUUUCUAUCUAUAACAGCAAACCUGUUCAAAUUGUGAUUGAAGCAACUGUUGGUAACAGUUAUCAUGGGGACAUAGCUAUAGAUGAUAUCAGUUUUACACCAGCUUGUAAAAUAUUUUCUGGAUCGGUUCCAACAGACAUAGUUCCACAUCCUACUCCACCUAACCCUUGUGGUUCUGGAAAACAACCUUGUGCCAAUGGGCAGCAGUGUGUACCAUUAUCAAAUGUAUGUGACUUUAUAAACUUUUGUUCAGAUGGAUCUGAUGAAUCUAACUGUGGGCAGUGUAACUUUGAAAAUGGACUGUGUGGCUGGCAAGAUAUGAGCUCUGGAAAAUAUGCUUGGGAAAGACAUAAUGGAUCUACACCAUCACCUGUUUCUGGUCCAUCAUCAGACCAUACAUACGGUCCAAAUAAGGUUGGAAACUAUAUGUUUAUUGAUUCUGGGAAAGGGAAUUUCUUAGGAAAUGCUGAUUUAGUUUCACCAGUGUAUGGAAAUCUAGCCUCCACAUGUGAAAUUCAAUUUGCCUAUCAUAAAAAAGGUGAUUUAGGAGGAUUCCUAAGAUUAUAUUUGAUUCCACCUAACAUACAGGCCACUAACCCAGCAGGAAGAAUAUUGCUAUGGUCUGCAAACACGCAAAAUAAUUCAUGGCAAGUUGCUAAUGUCAAACUUCAGUCAAGAUCUCCGGGCUACAGGCUUGUGUUCGAAGCUGUGAAACAUCUGCAGACAGGAGAUAUGGCAAUCGAUGACGUUCAGUUCAAUAAUUGUGCAGUGAAACCUGCCACGGGAAAAUGUAACUCCAAUCAAUUUACUUGUGCUAGAAAGUCUUGCAUUGAUAAGAACCUUGUUUGUGACUGGUCAAAUGACUGUAGUGACAAUUCAGAUGAAACAUCAUGCUCAAGAUAUACUGAGAGGUGCAACUUUGAGAAUGACAUUUGCAACUGGAUACAAGCCAGUGGAGAUGACUUUGAUUGGACUUGGAAGUCGGGAGGUACAACAACAGUUGGCACUGGUCCAAGAUUAGAUCACACAUUCGGGAAUCUUACUGGACACUACAUUUACAUUGAAACAUCUUCACCUCGAAAAAGAGGUGACAGGGCAUUACUUUAUAGUCCAGUUUUCCAAACCAGUAAUUCUGGUCUUUGUCGAAUGAGAUUUUUUUACCAUAUGUAUGGCGUAAAUGUGAAUUCAUUAAAUAUAUAUACAGAGCAGUUUGAACUUGGACCAAUGGUCAUUGCUUGGAAUAUGACAGGCCAACAAGGUGAUUCAUGGAAUAGAGCAGAUAUUCCUCUGACAAGUGAAGCUCCAUUCAGAGUUCUCAUUGAAGGCAUAGUUGGUAAUGGCUACAAAGGUGAUAUUGGACUUGAUGACAUAUCGUUCACCCCAGACUGCCACAUUAUUUCUGCAGAAGCCACACUCCCUGUUGCACUAACUACACCUUCAGUUUGUGGUGCUGGUAAGCGCCCAUGUAAAAGCGGUAAAUGUCUUCCAUCAAGUGCUUUCUGCAAUUUCCGACAAGAUUGCGAUGACGGCUCAGAUGAAUCUCAAUGUCCAAUUCUUACUAAUUUUGAAGAUGGAACCUUGCAAUAUUGGCAAAACGAUGCAAAUAAUAAUUUUAACUGGACAAUAAACUCAAAUGGCAAUCCUAGCCAAAAUACUGGUCCUUCCCAAGACCAUACUACAUUGACAGCAUCUGGAAAGUUUGCUUUUACAACAGGUAAGGUCACGUCUACAUCUAAAUAUACAUCCAAGUUCGUCAGCCCAUUAUAUAACCAAGCAGGCAAAACUUGCAAUUUUACAUUCUGGUAUAAUGUUCAUGGAAAUGAAUUUUCAAAUAUCAAUGUUUACCUAAGAAAGAUACGUUUAAUUAAACUAUGGAGCAUAGCUGGAAAUGCUAUGAAUGCAAACCAAGAUACUUGGCAAUUUGCACAGGUUUCAUUGCCAAUAUGUGCCGCAAGCUUUCAGAUAAUUAUAGAAACAACUUCCUUAGGAUCCUUUGGCAAUCCACAAGGUUUUAUAGCUAUAGAUGACUUGCAGUUCAAAAAUUGUGAAUACCCUGCACCACCUGCCUCUAGUAGCUGCAUGAUGGGACAAUUUACAUGUGCUAGUGGUCAUUGUGUACCUGAAACACAGAAAUGUGACUAUCAACCUGACUGCUGUGAUGGAAGUGAUGAAAAUAUGGCAACAUGCUCUGGUUAUAACAUGUGUGAUUUUGAAUUUGGGCUUUGCGGAUGGCAACAACUAACAAAUGACCAAUUUGAUUGGCAAAGACAUCGUGGUCCAACAUCUUCAUAUGGCACUGGACCAUCCUCAGACCACACUUCAGGCACAGCUAGUGGAUUUUACCUUUAUAUUGAAUCAUCACAACCACGAAAACAAGGAGACAUAGCUAGGAUUUCAUUUAGCCUUCCAAAACCAGCAGGAGUAUGUGCCAUGAGAUUUUGGUACCACAUGUAUGGUAUUAAUGUUGGAAAUCUAAAUGUUUACAUGUUUUCAUUAAACACUGGCAUGGUCAUGAAGUCAAGUGUAAAUGGCACACAUGGAAAUAGUUGGAUCAGACAGUCGGUUACAUUUAAUGCCCAGACAAGUUACCAAGUUAUAAUAGAGGGUGUUAUUGGUGUUGGAUACAAUGGUGAUAUUGCUAUAGAUGAUGUAUCAUUCACACCAGGGUGUGGAACCCCAACUUCAGCAGCUCCUUACACAUUCCAGACAGCACCUCAUCUCUCAGGAUCAACACCAAAGCCAUGCCCAAUUGGUCAGUAUACAUGUAACAAUGGCCAGUGCAUUUCUGUUACAAAAGCCUGCAAUGGAAUAAAUGAUUGUACUGACGGCUCUGACGAAUCACGAUGUCCGCAACCAUGCUCUUUUGAAAGUGAUCAAUGUGGUUGGGCUGAGGAUAUAAUUGAUGGCUUUGAUUGGAGAAGGUCUAGUGGAGCCCUUGCAGCAGCAUCUGGUAUGAUGAAAUAUGCUCCACCAAUCGAUAAUACACGAAGGACUCAGAAUGGUUUCUUCAUGUUUGUUCAGGACACUACAAAUGGAAAUACACAAGGUAAAAUUGCACAAAUAACAAGUCCUAUUCUUUAUUCGGCAAGUAAGGAGUGCAAGAUUCAGUUUGCAUAUUAUCUUAAUGGACAAGAUGUUGGACAAAUGUUUUUAAGAGUUGAAGAAGCCGGAUCAGUACCAAUACCACUUUGGCAUAGACUAGGCAUUAGUGGAGCAGGCUGGAAAACUGUAACAGUUGGUCUUGGUAAACAUAGUGGAUCAUUUUUGGUAGAAAUCCAAAAAACUUCAGGUGCUUACAAUGGACAAUCUGCUAUUGAUGAUAUCAGGUUCCUUGACUGCGUACCUCCCAAACCUCAAGCACAAUGCUUACCAAAUCAAUUUACCUGUGCAAAUAAAGCAUGCAUCGGCAUACAUAUGAAGUGUGACAUGAAUAAUGAUUGUGGAGACGGUAGUGAUGAGAUCAGUUGCAAUGGCUACUUACAAAGCAACUUUGAAAAUGGAAUUGGUAGCUAUAUCAGACAAUCAACAUCUGAUGAUGAGUUUGACUGGACACUUUCAUCUUCCAACAGAAAUGUUUCUUAUUUCCCUGGACCACCUUUUGAUCAUACAAAAGAGACUACGAAAGGGCAGUACCUUUAUAUUGAUGCUUCAAAUCGUCCUUAUGGAAGCAGGGCAUGGCUUUUAGCUGGUACAUUCCAAUCUACUGCUCAAAAUGAUUGCAAGAUGGUAUUCUACUUGUACAUGUAUGGCCAAAAUGUCAAUGCAGUGAAUGUUUAUUAUAGAUUAUAUAACUCCGGUGCACCAACUAAAGCUAUCUAUCAGGUCAAUGGUGAACAGGGUCCAUACUGGCAGCGCAUAAGUGUACCGCUAAAGAUUUCACAAUCAUUCCAGGUUAUAAUUGAGGCUAAAGCAGGAAAUCUGGAUCUGGGUGGAGUAGCUAUUGAUGACUUGUCAUUUUCACCAGGUUGUGGAGUUCCUACUUCAGCACGACUUCCAACUCCCCCAACAACAGUAACAACCCCUUCUACAAUUGCCACAACAAUCCCUGGAAGUAACUGUACAAAUUCACAGUUUACAUGCAGAAGUGAUCUUAAGUGUAUAGAUGCAACAAGAGUAUGUGAUUUUAGAGAUGAUUGUGCUGAUAGUAGUGAUGAAAAAAAUUGUGUGGCUAUAACAUGUGGAUUUGAAAAUGGGGAUACAUGUGGAUGGUCAGUACAGCAGGCAGCAGCCCCAAAUCCAGACUCGUUUACCUGGCAAUUUGGACCGGCUCAGACAUUUAUGAACUCUCCAUAUAGUCCAAAAAGUGAUGCCUCAGAGCGGCAGCCCACAGGAUGGUAUGCUUAUGCCACCAGCUCUAGAGGAUCCUUCCAAGAUUCGGUAAGCUUAUAUACACCCAAAAUAGGAAGAACGGGACCACAAUGUAAACUUCAGUUCUUUUAUUAUAUGGAUGGACCAUCAGUGGACUCACUUAUAGUAUACACAUCUUCCCAAGGUACAAAUAAUCAGCUUUGGGAAACAACAGGUGGUAAAGGAAAACUUUGGCAGCCGGCAGUAGUCUUCAUUGGAGCAAAGUCAAAUGUUGUUGUAGGAAUUCAGGCUAGACGUGGUAAAAGCUUUACAGGUGGAAUAUCCAUUGACAAGGUUCAGUUUGUUGAUUGCCUACCACCCUUAGUGCAGCCAACAUGUAGAAGCGACCAGUUUUCUUGCCAAAACAAAUACUGUAUUGAUCCACAACUUCAAUGUAACUACGCUGAUGACUGUGGCGACAACUCUGAUGAAAAUGCACAAUUUUGUGACCGAACAUAUGUAGGAAGGUGUUCCUUCACAAAUGAAAUAUGCAGUUUCUGGUCCAAUGCUGUAGAUGAUAACUUUGAUUGGACUUUAGCUAAAGGCUCUACACCAACUUUAGGAACAGGACCAAGUGUUGACCACACAUCUAGAACAGAAGCAGGUGGUUAUUUAUACAUAGAUGGUUCACCACCAAGAAAAUCUGGUGAAUAUGCAAGACUGACAUCACCAACUAUCAGCGGCUCAUCAAAAAAUUGUGUAUUGCGACUCUGGUAUCACAUGUGGGGAAAUGAACUUGGAGCACUGACUGUGUCCAAAAGAAUAACAUACUUGAAACCAAUAGCUGGACUGAGUGACCUAUCAACCAUUGAAGGUGAUCAUGGCGAUGUUUGGAAACUGGCAACUUUUGUCAUGGACUCUCAGACUGAAAAUGUAGACUUCCAGAUUGUUAUACAAGGAAGUGUUGGUCACGGUAUUCAUAAUAACAUUGCUAUUGAUGAUAUUUCACUCACACCUGGAUGCCAAGUUACAGGCUCAAGUAUACCUGGUCAGCCUAUGGCACCAAGUACAACCAUUGGACCAUGUGGAUCUGGACAGCUUCAGUGUAAGAACAGAAACAAAUGCUAUUCAUUCAAAGAACAGUGUGACUUUAUUGAUGCAUGUGGUGACAAUUCUGAUGAGGCUUUAUGUGGAACGUCAUGUGAAUUUGAGAGCAGUAAUAUGUGCGGAUGGAAGAACUCUGGACGUGACAAUUCAAACUUUAAAUUGACAGGUGCUGGUAAAUCUCCAGGACCCAAAACAGAUCAUACUUUAAGCAGUGCAAAUGGUCACUACAUAUAUCUACAAAAUGGUCAGAAUGUAAUUGGGGAUGCUGCAUUGCUUGAAUCAAGCAUCUAUUUCUCGUCAAGUCCAUCCUGUCAAAUGACAUUCUGGUACAAUGCUUUUGGUUUCCAAGGUACAAUUAUACAGGUUGUACUGAAAACAAAACAAGCUAAUGGCAUUAAACUAUUCCUUCAAACUACUAACAGCUCCACUGUGUGGCAGAGGGCACAGUUUAGUGUUGGUUCAUUCCAGACAUUCUCGUUCAUCAUUGAAGUUGUCUUCCCGAGAAAUGCACAGGGCCAUAUAAUAGCAUUUGAUGACAUCAAGUUUACAAAGUGUUCUCCAAGUAUUGUUGGCAAUUGUACUACCAACCAAUUUUUGUGUGCAAAUCAUCAGCAGUGUAUACCAAGAAACAGACGCUGUGACAAGACGGUUGAUUGUAAUGACGGAUCAGAUGAAGAUGGCUGUGUUCCAAAUACUGGUGACUGUAAUUUUGAUGCCCCGAAUUGGCAGUCAUUGUGUGGGUGGAGUCAGAGAGUUGAUGAUGAUGCUGAUUGGAUGCAGGCAAAUUACAGACAAAACCUCAACACUGGUGCUGAUGCUGAUCACCAAGGCACUCAAAAUGGACAGUUCCUCACUAUAAAUAGUGCUAAUAUGCGUACUGGAGACAUUGCUGGCCUUCAAACACCAUUCUUCCCCAGCAGUUCCGGGGUGUGUUACGUACGAUUCUACUACUACAUGUUUGGAUCAGAUCAUAUUGGUCCUUUAAGAAUAUACACCCUCAAUACAAAGAGUCAGAAGAAUUUGAUGUGGUCAAUUAGUGGAAACAUGGGUCAGAUGUGGAAAUAUGCUAAUGUGUUAGUUGGAGAUAAUGCCAACUUUAGUAUUAUUGUUGAAGCUACAGCCGGGGAUAAAACAACUUCUGAUAUAGCCAUAGAUGAUUUCACAUUUACACCGGAAUGUAAAACUGGAUUGCCUCCGACCAAUCAGAACAGACCCGUGUGUAAUGCACAGACAGAGAUGUACUGUUCACUUCGAGAGGAAUGUCUGCCUAAGAAAUGGGAAUGUGAUGGUAUUUGGGAUUGUCCUGAUGGAUCAGAUGAGGGGUCACAAUGUCCAACAACUACCCGAAAAACAUUACCAUCUCUUGCCUCUGGUCAAACAAGACCAUCAACCACACCAACAACAAGAGGGUCAACAACAUUAAGGACUGUACCACCAUCAAGUUCUGUUUUAACUCCGGCAGUAAAUAAUUGUCCACAUGGUCAGUUCCAGUGUGGAUCAUCCCAGUGUAUACCUGCUAUAUUACAUUGUGAUGGUGUGCCUGAUUGUGCAGAUCAUACUGAUGAAGCUGUUGAUUGUAAAAAAUGCCGAUUUGACUUCUACUACUGUGCUAAACAGCGAAAAUGUAUCACCAACGUAACACGCUGUGACGGAAAUGAUGAUUGUGGUGACGGCACAGAUGAAAGUUUGUGUACUCCAUCAUGCUCAAACCCACUCUUUAUAUGUCAAAAUGGAGGUACAUGUAUAGCCGGAAGUUCUCCACCAAUGUGCUCCUGCACUGUUGGUUACCAGGGUAACCGAUGUCAAUACAAGUCACCAAAAGCCUUACAAUCCUCACAACCAAACAACAGUUCAGGUGGUUGGAAGAUAGGAGUAGGUGUAACAUUUGGAGUUGUUGCCCUUGUUGUUAUAGCAGUUGGUACAUUCUUCAUGAUGAAAAAAUACAAACCUAAUAUUAGCCUGCCAAGUUUAUCUUCAUUACGUAGAGGACGAUCACCAGAAGCUGGUCUCACUAAUCCUGUAUAUGAUGGAUAUGGUGCCGAGAGUGAGACUGAUUUUCAGUUGAGCACCAUAGAUAGUGGGGGUUAUGGGGGAAUGCCAUCAACUUCCAUAGAAAACCCUCUAUAUUCUGACGCAUAAAUCACAUAGAAAUGAAAAAAGACAGACUUUUCAAAAAGGGACAAUAAAUUCAACAGAGAUAGAAAAAAAGUUAAUACUCAGAAAGACACUUGUGCAAUAUUUUGAAAUAAAGUGCAAUAUAUUCAAUAUUUAUCAUCACCCGUGCAAUAUUAAGAUAAUUGUGAUAAUUUAUUAUAGCUUUUACUUUUUAUUAUACUUACUAUGUACAUAUUUAUACAGAAAAAAUAUAUCAUUUGAUUGGGAAACAUAAAAUUUUAUAAAUAUAUAUAAACAAAUUACAACUUUGCUGAAACAAUGUGGUUUAACUUUGUUACAUUUCAUUGUUAUGUUAAAACAUUAAUACUUUUAUUGAACAAUAAAAUAUAAAAA